AUGAAAGAAGCUAAGAAGCCAUGUGCAGGGGACAAAUUCUGCUGCAUUUCCAAGCUGAAGGUAUUUCUGCUGGCACUAUCACUUGCAUUUGUCGGUAAAACGAUGUCUGGUGCUUACAUGAACAGCAUGUACACACAGAUAGAGAAACAAUUUAAUAUUCCAGCUUCUUUAGUUGGGAUCAUUAAUGGAAGCUUUGAAAUUGGCAACUUGCUGCUGAUAGCAUUUGUGAGUUACUUUGGAGCAAAGCUUCACAGACCCAGAAUAAUUGCUUUGGGCUGCACAAUCCUGUCAUUUGGAUGUCUUUUGAUAUCACUUCCUCAUUUCCUGUUUGGAAGGUAUCAUAUUGAAAGCAGUAUUUCACAAUGGGAGAAUUUUUCAGUCAUGCCUCUGUGCCUUGCUAAUCAAAGCUUGUUCUCUUUACCUACAGAGGAACCAUCAACAGAAUGUGAAAAAGAGCCUAGGUCCUUGCUGUGGAUAUUUGUGAUGGUUGGAAACAUAGUACGAGGAAUGGGUGAAACUCCCAUCAUGCCCUUAGGCAUUUCAUAUUUGGAGGAUUUUGCCAAAGCAGAGAAUUCACCUUUCUACCUGGGAUGUCUACAUACAGCAACUGUAAUAGGCCCCUUCCUUGGUUUCUUGUUGGCAUCAUUCUGUGCAGAGCUGUUUGUUGAUCUGGGAUCAGUAGAUGCAGGAAAACACACAAUGACAUCAAAGAAUGUCCGCUGGGUUGGAGCAUGGUGGCUGGGCAUUUUGUUUUGUGCAUUACUAAAUCUUCUUGUGGGAAUACCUUUCUGGUUUUUGCCAAAGUCUCUUGUGAAGGAAGGAGAAAAAAAUCAACCUGAGGAGAUGAGUGAAACAAGUAUACUACCAUUGCAAGAAAAUGAUAAAAAUUAAGCCAAACAGACCAUAUAUGAAGUUGCUAAAGAUUUCAUCCCCUUCCUCAAGGCUUUGUUUCGCAACACAGUUUAUAUGUUAUUUAUAUGCAUAACUGUGUUACAGUUCAGUGCCUUCAAUGGCAUGAUAUCCUUCAUGCCCAAAUUUCUGGAACAGCAGUUUGGAAAAUCUGCAUCAGAUGCCAUCUUUUUAAUUGGUGUCUACAAUUUACCAGUUAUAUGCGUUGGGUAUUUUUUUGGAGGCUUAUUCAUGAAGAAACUCAAGAUAAAUACCUAUGAGGCUGCGAACAUAGCAUUUUGGGUAUCUUUGCUGGACUACCUUCUCUACUUUGCUGCCUAUUGGACUAUCUGUGAUAUUUCACAAGUUGCUGGCCUAACAGUUUCCUAUGAAGGAAUACAGCAAGUUUCAUAUGCAGAAAAUACUCUACUUGCUGGCUGCAACAGGGAUUGUGAUUGCCCACUUAAAAUAUGGGACCCUGUUUGUGGGAACAAUGGAAUCACUUAUGUGUCACCUUGUCUUGCUGGGUGUAAAGUCUCAAGAGGAAUGGGAAAAAGUAUGGUAUUUGAAAACUGCACCUGUGUUGCAGCCUCAGAGUUUUCAUCUCCAAAUGUCUCUGCAAUUUUGGGCCAGUGUGAUAGAGAAGAAAACUGUGAGAAGAUGCUUCAUUAUUUUUUAAUAUUGACAUUAGUCUGCAGCUUCAUUUUUUCUUUAGCAGCCAUGCCUGGGUACAUGGUCUUAAUAAGGUCUCUAAAGCCUGAAGAAAAGUCAUUUGGAGUGGGUAUCCAUGGACUAGCUUCAAGAGUAUUUGCUGGAAUUCCAUCUCCCAUUUAUUUCGGAGCUUUGAUAGAUACCACUUGCUUGAGGUGGGGUGCUAUGACUUGUGGUGGAGAAGGAGCAUGUAGGAUGUACGACAUUGUUGCGUAUAGGUGGGUUUAUCUUGGCCUGCCAGCAAUAUUACGUGGAGCGUCCUAUAUCCCAAGUGCAAUAAUUCUCCUUAUUUUAAAGAAGAAAUCUAAAUCUGAAAGCCGAGUCUUAUUAAACACACCAAUAGAAAUGCAGGAUAAAGAACAAGAAGCACUGAAAUAGCAUUUCAAAGCAGGACAUAUUGUGAAAAAGCCUUGCAGUGUAAAUUUUGGAUAUAUCCUUGUGAAAGAUUUCAUACUUUAAAUAGUGAACACAUGGACAGAGACGAAUAGAAUUAUACAUAGUUGUAUCCUAAUUAUAUUAUAGAAGUUCAUAAACAGAAGUUACAGGAAAAAUGCAUUUGGUGCAAAAGAACAAGUAGGAGAAAUAAAACUUAUGAAGUGACAGGGUUGAGUUGUCUGAGCAAAGGGCUAUGAAACAAACAGUUUUCAGUCCUGGUUUCACUGAAGAUAAUGAGAAUUUUGCAACUGACUCCAGUGAUGCCAGAUUUCAUCCUGGAAUUCUUCAACAGCUUCUGUCACAGCCUCUCUCAUUGAUGUAGACAGCAUUUGUAGCUUCUUUGGGCCUGAGUUUUCCAUAAAUUUAUUUAAUUACGCUGUUAGUCCUUUCAGGCAGGGACUGUUUGUUAUUCUGCAGAGUGUAGGUGGUCAAUACAUUGGGAACUUGGUUUAUGACAUGGUCUGGGUACUAUGAUAAUAAUAAAUACA